AUGAGUCUUCCCAUCAGUAACCUAAUCGAGAAGUAUCGUUCCACCAAAGAUAAUGACCUUAAAUACAUGCUUCUGAGGCAGAACUUCGAAAUCAACGAUAUAGAGAAUGAGCUAAUCCCUCUUAUUAACUACUUGUUGCUUCCGAUUUUGGUAGAAGAACAAGACAUGGAGAUUCUUAACCUGGUGUCGUUCCAGGUGUUUCCUAAUUUGGUGCUAACUCUGAUAAGGGAUAAUGCUACUGCUGCACAUCUGGGAUGGGUAACGAGUUUGGUUUGGGAGCCUUUGUUGGACCAGAGCAUGAUUUAUGCAAACCGGUCAUUUGUUCUGAUUGAGACGCUGAGGAAUAUAUUGCAAAGAAUCGAAAACGUUCCUCGUUCUUACUGCUGCCAGCCGGCUGGUAAUGCAUUCGGGUUUAUUUCUAAAUUUAUCGUCGAAAUGAAAAGGCAUAUGCUCGAAAUUGGCGCGGCACAGUUCUCGCACUCCCUCCAUGAAAGUAAUAUGUUGAUCUACAUAGAGUCGCUAGACCUGUUGUUAAAGUUCAACCUCUUUUCAAAUGCGACAUGCCCUUCAUUACUGGUUACGUUGCCCUUUGAUAUUUUGAGUGACAUUUUCACCAUUGCACAGAAUUACUCGGCCACUAAUACAAACGAAAGCAUUGAUAGGAUUACUGAGAAACUCCUGUUGACUUCCGCACAAUUAACUCAUCCGAUAGACCUGGAAAAUCUCUGCCCCAAAAUAAACGAUAAUACUCUAUCUAUUGUUUCGCGAAUAUGGUAUAAAUUUGGCCCCAUGGCCAAUGGGAUAUUUACUGAACGUCUAUUACCAGUAAUUCUGUCACCACCACAAAGUGAAGGGGAAUGUAGCAUCGAAACCGUCUUGGAGAUAAUUUAUAAUUUUCAUCCCUUUUUCUCUUUUCUUACACUAAAGGAUAACAGACCUCUGUUAUCAGAUUCCAUAAUCAACAGAUUAAGAACGGGCUUGUUCAGUAUGCUAAGGACGUUAAAUCUCUCAUUAUCAAGAGCCCACAAUGGAAAAUCCGGUGAUGGUCGGCAGCCGAUCGACAGUGAUGAUGGUUUUGACUCUGACAACGAUCCUGAACAACAAGCAUACCUUGAUGAACUCAUAUCAGACAAUGAUGAUGAACACAUGUAUGGCAGUGAUACAGAUGAUGAAAAAGCAGAUGAUAUAAACGUCGAAAAAAAUGACGAAACUGCAAAGGACAUUAGUGAAACCAACAAGAUCCUUUUCAUAUUUGCUGAGUUGCACUAUCCUCACAAGGAACACUUUUCUGAACUGUUAACUGAACUACAGACUAAAAUUGCCAUAGAUUCAUCCUUAAUUGACAAAAUAUUAUCACAAGAUGCAAUCGAAUUUUCUACACCCUGUGGGAAACUCAUUGAUCUAAACGAAAUCUUGAGUGAAGUGAAAGCCAAUAAACUCGCAAGAAAGGACGAUAUUAUUUAUACACUAACUCAUAGUCUGUCGUUACAAGCUUACUCAGACUUAUCUGUCUUACAGCUAUCAAUAGAGGUUGUUGAUCAACUAUUGGUAAAAAACCACUCAAAUAAUAUCAGCCGUGAUGAACAGUUUCAAUUGAUUAAGUUGAUACUCCCUCAUCUAAAGACCAAUAAAUCUUUCAUUGAUACAUUGAAAGCAGGAAACUUCACCCAAAAAAUUGAUGAAGGUGUGACUUUGAGGACAAUGAUCCUUUCUUUACUACUACAAUUACUACCAUUGGAUUAUUCCAUGUUAGGUGAGAUAUUACCCACUAUUGCAAAAUAUUCUGUAAGAGAUAAGGACCUGACAGUGAGGGAUUUAUCUCUACAACUGUCGCAUCAAAUUCUAGACACAUACUACAACCACUUAAUUGGUGUCGAUUGGGACUGGUAUAAUGAUGAUUUUUAUCAGGUCUUGAAAGAAACUUGUACUAAAAAAGAUAUAGAUACCGAUCUCUUGCAACAAUUCCCCCCGUAUUCCCCACACAAAUAA